AGCAAUGCGUCCGCGAGCUUCACUUUUUCGAGCUGCGUUUUCCAUCGAUUUCCCACUGUCCUGUUGCGCUCGGCCAGGACACGCUAUCGAUUCCGAAUCAGCAUCAAACCGUGCAUCAAGACGUGCCUAGGCAAAGACGACUCGACGCACCGCGGGUGUGAUACGGAAACGGAACGGCAGCGGAAGGCACAGAGGGAAGGGAUUUUCUUCAUUUAUCAAUACAACGGAGCACGCAAUGCCCUCUGGCGCGGCUUGGUCGCGACGGGUCAGCUCCUCCUUAACCUUCCCCUCUAACCUCCGGGAACGCCGGUCGCGGGGCAUCUCGCGGGCACAUACACGCCGUGUGCGGUCUUCGGUCUUCAAUUGCUGAAAGUCAGGGCAGCGCAUGACUAUAUCGAAUUCCCAACGAUUUCGGAAGCAUGCCGGCGCUGUUCGCGAAUCCCUGCUGGUACUGGUACGCUCGACAGGACAUGCACACACACACGCACCCGGGACAUUAGUUGUCGAUCGACUUGUGGAAGAGUGGUCGACCCGCGGUUAUCCUUGGCAAGAUAUCCUGCGUGCGUGAGAAUUUCCAUUUCCGAGCAUAAUGUCGCGGCGCUCUAUGCUUGUUCAUCUAGCAACCAGUUCCAUCUAGUGAGCAGCGCCAUUCUCAACAAUCACGCACACACGGAGAUGAAUCAAUUUGAUGACAGCUUUUUGAUGAACUGCCAUUCCGUUGUCGUCGAAUAGUGCGCUCGCUGCAGGACACGCGGCAGCUGUCUUUUGCCCAAGGGAAAGUGUCGUUUGGGCGUGGACCAUCGUGUAGAACUUCUACCGGCACGCAGGGAUGGUGUGUGGGUUUGAAACACUGUCCCAAGCUGAAGGUGAUCGACGAGAAACCGUACAUAAGUCGUCACGAGAUGCAUCUGCUUAUUGGUGCUUCCGGCGCGUGUCCAGUUUUUUCGGAGCAAUAUUGCUGUGCCGAAGCAGACAUUCGUCGGCGCAGCAGGACCACGGUGAAGGUACCGAUGCCAGAACCGGACGAGGACAAUUCCAUACUCGACACGGACAGCUGUCUGCAGACGCAUCUCGGAAUGGACAGUGGAUCGAUUGGGCGCGCAUCGCUUGAUUCUUCGUUCGGUGUGUUUAUAGCCUACAAGGGUAGGAGAAGUCGAUGCGCGGGAAGCUUGAUCACACCCGAGUAUGUACUAACAGCGGCACAUUGUGUUAAAAAACCGCAAGGGAUGUUGUUGUAUGUCAGUGCGCUGCACGUUAAGCACGACACAGUAUCGGGUGGUUACCAGGGAGAUGUUGAGCCAAUGUACGUGCGGGAGGCAAUUAUCCACGAGCAGUACAACACUACCACACGUGAUCAUGAUAUUGCGUUGUUGCGGCUAAACGGAAGUGUUACGCAGGAGGGUAACUCACCCAGCCCGAUCUGUAUUCCGAUGGGAAAGAAGCAUGACCCAGUUGCUUCCGUUGGAUACACACUUAGCUGCUUCGGUUGGGGUCUUAAUGCUUACGGAAAGCCCAAUGACAGCAAGCAGUGGAUGACACUGGAACGUAUCUCGCUGGAACUGUGUCAGGCUAGGAUGGACUCGUUGAGAGUGGCCCUGGCCGGGAGGGUGAUCAUUUCGGAACGAAAUAUCUGCACUAUUACCAUCACUGGGAAUGACGCAUUUUCGGGCUUUUCCGGAGGUCCGCUGAUGUAUCGGAAGGAUGGCACCUGGUACUUGAUUGGGUUGAUUAAUUAUGGAGUCGGUGCCUCGAGUAGUGAGUUCCCGGUAGUUUCCUUAAACGUUCAACAGUACACGGACUGGAUCUUGGACAACAUUCAACAACGGCACUGAUGCUUCCAGUUGCUGUGAUAGUAUUAUGUUAGUAGUGCAACACACGGGGCCGUUCUGGUGGUACAGUCGUCAACUCGUACGACUUAACAACACGCCCGUCAUGGGUUCAAGCCCCGAAUAGACC